CCUCCCGCCGGGCCGGGCGGGGCGGGCUCCGGAGCAGAAAUGUCUCAGGAGCGGCCCAAGUUCUACCGACAAGAGCUGAACAAGACCGUGUGGGAGGUGCCCGAGCGUUACCAGAACCUCUCCCCGGUCGGCUCCGGGGCCUACGGCUCCGUCUGUUCUGCCUUUGACACAAAAACUGAGCUGCGUGUGGCUGUCAAGAAGCUGUCCCGACCAUUUCAGUCCAUCAUCCACGCCAAGAGGACCUACCGAGAGCUGCGCCUGCUGAAGCACAUGAAACAUGAAAAUGUGAUUGGCUUGCUGGAUGUGUUCACCCCUGCCAAGUCACUAGAAGAAUUCAAUGAUGUGUACUUGGUGACACACCUUAUGGGAGCAGAUCUGAACAACAUUGUGAAAUGCCAGAAGCUCACUGAUGACCACGUGCAGUUCCUCAUCUACCAGAUCCUUCGGGGGCUGAAGUACAUCCAUUCAGCUGACAUAAUACACAGGGAUUUAAAGCCCAGUAACCUAGCUGUAAAUGAAGACUGCGAGCUGAAGAUCCUGGACUUCGGCUUGGCGCGGCACACGGACGACGAGAUGACCGGGUACGUGGCGACCCGCUGGUACAGGGCUCCCGAGAUCAUGCUCAACUGGAUGCACUACAACCAGACAGUUGAUAUUUGGUCGGUGGGCUGCAUUAUGGCUGAACUGUUGACUGGAAGAACAUUGUUCCCUGGGACAGACCAUAUUAACCAGCUUCAGCAGAUCAUGCGUCUGACGGGAACACCCCCUGCAUAUCUCAUUAACAGGAUGCCCAGCCACGAGGCAAGAAACUACAUCCAGUCUCUGUCUUAUAUGCCGAAAAUGAACUUUGAAAACGUGUUCAUUGGUGCCAAUCCCCUAGCUGUGGACUUGCUAGAGAAGAUGUUGGUACUGGACACGGACAAGCGAAUCACUGCAGCAGAAGCGCUGGCUCACGCCUACUUUGCUCAGUAUCAUGACCCAGAUGAUGAACCAGUGGCAGACCCCUAUGACCAGUCCUUUGAAAGCAGGGAACUUGAGAUUGAAGAAUGGAAAAGCCUGACUUACGAUGAAGUGAUCAGCUUCGUGCCACCGCCGCUUGACCAAGAGGAGAUGGAGUCCUGAGGAGCUGCUCUCUUCUGUUUGUCCCACGUCACUGUGAGGGGAAGGCCUUUUCCUAGGGACUCUCCGAUUAUCGUUCAAGUGCCUCGUCACAACAAUAUUCUCCUUGGUGGAGGGGUUUUGUGUGUGUUGAAUUGGGGAGGGAGGGGGGAGGGAAGGAAAGCCGACUCUGUGUAAACAUGCUGCAUGCUCUCGUGUUCUGUGUACAGCCUGGGGCAAGCCCCUGAAGACCUGCUCUGACCUCUCCUCGGUCCUCCCAGUGCUCAGAGCUUGCACUGCUGGGGCAAGACAGGGAAGCUGAUGCUGAAAGUUUGGUUACAAUCGUUGCCAUUUUAUCAAUUCUACAAUUAAGUAACCUCUAAGUAAUGGAAGUUGUUUUUUAGACAUAGAAAGUCCUCUGUUCUCUUCAGGAUGGAAGGUGGGGGUUGAGGGAUGCCCUUGUUCAGUGCCAGGGUACUGAUCCAUGCCCAGAUCUUCCUGGUACAGCAGGGUAGAGGCCUUCUAAUGUCCAAUUCCUGGAACUUGGAAAGGUUUGGUUUGAAACUGUAAAUAUGUUUGUGCCUUAAUGAAUGGGGAGAGAAAGGAUGGAAGACUGGAGUGAAAAUCUCUGACCCACUGCUUUUUAGGGUGAAGGCUCCCGGAUAGCCAGGCAUGAACUCCAUGUAAUCAGGAAAUAGCUUCCAGAGGCAACAGCUUCUAUCUCUGGAUUGGGUAUUCCUGUGUUUUUGCCUCUUGCUUUCCUCUUGUUCUGAGGCUUCCCAGCAUUAGCUCCCAGGAGACAGAGGCUGGAGUUGAUUCUUGCUAGCCACACGUUCGUGUCCGUUGUUCCCUAGAGGUGGGGUGUGUUUGCAUGUCGUAGCUGUACCUGCAUGUGGAGCUGCUUGACCUUCGUCCUUCCUCUUUUGGGGAUGGCACUGGGGCAGUUAAACCAUCAGUGAAGUGUUCCACUGAGUACCUCAGCCAGUGCCAUGGAAUCACAGCAUCCUUCCUCUUGUGCUGCAGCUCAUUGUCAACUCCGGGCCGCUCUGGAGGCUUCAGCAAGGACAGGAUAAACCAACAGGGCACAGAAACAUGCACCUUGUGUUCUGACCUCCUGGUUUCCAAGGAGGAGAGCUUGGGAUGAGGGGGUUCUUGUGAGAUCAGAUGUAAAGGAUGAUCUUUAAAGACAAAACCAGGGCAGCUUGGGCCAGAACUUAAGUUAUUUCCUGAAAUGAAUUUUUAUAGAAGCCUUGGAAUCCAAAGCAAAAAAAAUCAGCAUGCAUAAAGCCACAAUCUCCCUUUCACUGUCUAU